AUGGAGGCGAGGAAAGCGGCGCGGUCACGAGCGAGAGCACUCCACGCGGGCGUGGCGGGUCUGGGGGACGGACCCGAGCUACAGGAGCAGGCGCGGGUGCGCAGUCGGAGGACUCCUUCGCAGUCUAUGAGCUCUGGGCCAUGGCGGAUUACUGGGGAUAAGAUUACGGAGCAGUGCGUGGUGGAGGGGCCGCAGUCUCUUCCCCUUCCCUCCCCUUAUUCCCCUCCCGGGUUCCAGUCGAGAGAGGGAGGAAACCCUAGCGAUUCCUGUAGAAUCGCGCAAACGGGGCGGCAGGAGGCGGGUGUUCGGCUUCCCCACGAGGUUCUCCAGGCUCCUCCGCAGCCAAGGGCAACCAUGGAUCCGCGUCAAAAUUGUCAGGGGCUGCUGAAGGACGACAUGAAGGAGCAGGUGAUCCAGGGAGCAGAGCUGGUGAAGAAGGCGGCGCUCUCCUUCCACAACCAAGAGCUGCAGGCUCAAUCCCAGGAGGGGAUGCAGCUGGUGCCGUUUGCUGGUUGA